AUACAUCUUUUCCUCUCUUUUCUUAUCAAAUUGUGAUAGUUUUGUCUAAAUAACAAAUUCAAUUUUAUAAAGAGGAUGGAUAUUGACACAACAGUUUCGACUGUAGCAGCUGUAUUAGGAGGCUUUAUUUUAUUAUAUGGAGUAUGCUCUCUUGUAAUUAAAGAGAAGCUUUAUAUAUCAGAAGCAUCUGUUGCUAUUUUAUGCGGCAUUUUAUGUGGACCGGUAGGAUUCAACCUUAUCAACAUUGAUGACUGGGUUUAUAAAGAGGAUGUGUCACGACAAUUUACACGAAUUGUAAUAGCCAUCCAAGUCAUGGCUGCUGGUGUUUCUUUACCCAAGGCUUACUUACAAAAGGAAUACAAGUCGUUGCUAAUUUUAUUGGGACCUGUUAUGGUCUUUAUGUGGGUUGUGAGUGGCCUUUGCGUUUGGUAUUUCAUUCCCGGUUUAACUUUUCUGGAGGCACUCAUGAUUGCGUCUUGCUUUACGCCUACGGACCCUGUUUUGGCGAACUCUAUUGUUCAAGGCUAUUUUGCAGAGCAGCAUGUGCCACCUAAUAUUCGCCAUUUAAUCGUUGCAGAGAGCGGUGCUAAUGACGGCCUGGGAUAUCCGUUCUUAUUUUUGGCUAUUUAUCUUAUUCAGAUGGCUACAGCUGGCGACGCAGUUCUUAAAUGGUCCUGGUAUAUUAUGGGAUACGAAAUUGGUUUCUCCAUUUUUAUUGGAUUUGCCGUGGGAUAUGUCGCCAGAAAAACCUUGCGGUUUUCCGAAGAAAGAAACUGGAUUGAUAAGGAAUCGUUUUUGGUUUAUGCAAUUGCCUUAUCUUUAUUUUUGAUGGGUUCUGUCGGGCUGUUAGGAAGUGAUGAUCUUUUGGCUUGCUUUAUUGCAGGAAACUCAUUUACAUGGGAUGAUUGGUUUAGAACUGAAACAGAAAAUGCACACUUGACAGAAGUGAUCGACAUGCUUUUAAAUCUUAGUAUAUUUGUCUAUAUUGGUCUAACCAUGCCUUGGUCUGCAUUCAAUAGUCUCGAGACAAAUUUGACUAUUUGGAAAUUACUGGGACUCGCAGCCGCUGUAUUAUUAUUUAGAAGGUUACCCAUCAUCCUAGGAUUGUACAAAUAUAUACCCGCGAUUUCAAACUGGCGACAGGCCAUAUUUAUGGGGUGGUUUGGUCCCAUGGGUGUAGGCGCAUUAUUUUAUUACACAAUUGCUAUCCAGUUUUUUGAAACAGACGGAGAAAAUGCGUAUGCCAGACUCGUUAUUGAACCGAUUAUUUAUUUCAUUAUAUUAUCUUCUGUGGUCAUCCAUGGUAUCACAAUACCUAUAUUUUUCUUGGGAUCUUUUGCCACACGGACGCUCACUAAAACAAAUUCAAAAUCGUCCUCUUUACCCAAUGAGACCUCCUUAUGUGACGAAUCUUAUGUCACGUAUGGUACUAUCCUUCCAACCAACAAUUUGGAUACUUCAAAAAUGGAUGGUGCCUGAACGAAAAAUGUUUCCAACGUUUGAAUUAAAAGCAGCUUAUCUUAAUGAGACUCUAAGAUAUUUAAAGUGCUUAGUACCAGCACUUUGUAAGUUAUUACUACUUAUGACAGGAUUACCAACACUCUCGCCUAUUUGUGUUACGGUUUACAUGUUACUAAUAAAGAAAAUAAGUAUAAUUAAAUAAACUAGUUCAGUUCAGCCGUAAACAAUAACGAGAUCUUAAGACUAGAACGGGUAAUGUUCUUUUUAAAUAAAACAAUAGAGUUUCAUAGCAUAUUAAAUCGUUACAUCAGAUUUGGACUCCUCACUACCAACCUUGGGUCUGUGUAAUUCUUUAGGAUUUCUUUAUUACGUAAUAAUUAUGUGUAAAAGUAGGACAGCUGAAGCCGCUAUUUUUAACUUUGACAGGACACUCCUUUUUUG